AUGGCACAGCCUGGGGACGGCGUAGGGUCUGAGCCAUGGCGGGGCGCGAUCCGAUCCGAAACGCGGGCAGCACUCCAGGAAGUGUUGAAUGACAUCGGAGUUCCGGUGAGGGGUUCCGUCACUCAUCCGCCGUCCCCAUCAACAUCGGGGCAGCCUGAUGCACGGCGGAUUUCAUCAGGUCCGACGCAACAUCUUCGUCUGCCGCUGCCCAGCAAUGCUGGCCAUGCUGAGCCAGCGUCAGUGUGGGGCAGGGCCGGCACUGUUGGCACUGUUGAGUUCACGAGGGGGAUCUCCGAAGGUGGUGCAGAAGUGAUGCUGAACGAUGCGGCCAUUGCGGAAGCGAUGCGCCAGUGGCACCGCCAUCCCCGCAAGCUAAGAUCGCGGAGCACGUCUCCGCUGAACAAGAAGUACCGCAGGUACAAGUCGAAGAACAGCUCCCGCGGAUUUCCCCAAGUUCCAACAAUGCCUGCUGAGGAUAAGCUGAUUCGGACCUCACGCCGGUAUAUGCAGAUGGCAAACCCUUUAUUGAUCAAGGAGUUGUCUUCGCCUGGCCAAUCCAGGCUGGCCGCCUUAGUCGAGUCGACGGAGUUCAGCGGCUUCAUUGGUGCAAUGAUUCUCGCGAAUGCCAUCUCAAUCGGCUUGCAGACUCAGCACGAGGCUGACACAUGGAGCCUGGCAAUACCACCUGGAUUUGCAGUAAGUGAGAUAGUCUUCGCUUUGAUUUUUGCUGUGGAGUUGACACUCCGCUUUGCAGUGGCUGGCUGCGACUUCUUCGCUGGGCCUGAGCGCUACUGGAAUAUUUUUGAUAUGACGCUGAUCCUGGCGCAGGUGAGCGAACAAGUGAUUUUCGUGGGCAUCAUAUACACCCAUGGUUCUUUAAGAGGACUCAGGUAUCCGGAGCUCAUGCCCGACAGCGUUGUCCUGCGCGCAUUGCGCAUCUUCCGGUUGCUUCGUAUCUUGCGAAUUCUCCGAAUGAUGCAUAUCAGCAGUGAGUUGCAGGCCAUCAUGACUGCGAUUGUCAAAGGGAUGCGGGCAUUCAUAUGGACGCUGGCUUUCAUGUUUCUGGUGCUCUAUGCUGUGGGUGUGUUCCUGACUCAAUGCGUGACAGAUUACAAAGUGGCUCUGGAAAAUGACGGCUCCGCGUCACACGAGCUUCAGGACUACUUCGGAACACUUCCUGGAACGAUGCUUUCUUUGUUCCAGGCAAUUACCGAUGGCCAAGAGUGGCGGGAAAUGCUGAAACCACUCAUCUCUGAAAUUUCCCCUUGGAUGGCGGUCCCGUUCUGCAUGUACAUUUCAUUCAUGGCCUUCGCUCUUUUGAACAUCUUAACUGGCAUCUUCGUGGACAGUGCUUUGGAAAAUGCGCAAGAGGAAAAACGCCGCUACCUCCUUCAAGAAGUGGGCUUACUCUUCCGUGAGGCGGAGAAGGAGCAGAUCACUUGGCCAGACUUCCAGGCCCAGCUUCGCAAUCCGCACAUGCAGCAGCUGUUUGCUGCCCUCGACGUCGACGAGGAAGACGCAUCGGAGCUCUUUCAUAUGCUCGACGCCUCUCAUGAUGGCUUCAUUCAAUCCGACGACUUCCUCAACGGCUGCUUGCGGUUGGAUGGUCCGGCCAAGGCGAUCGACCUGGCAGCCUUCAUCGAGGAAAGCCGCAAAGUCAACCGCACGUUCCUUGAGCAUGCCAAGUUUGUCAGCCAGACUCUUUGCUGGCUUGUGCACACUACUGAAGCUGCCCAGCACCACUCCGUGAGCCACACGCCGAAGGAGCCCCCCGUCUCACAUUGA